AUGUUCAAACGAAUAGCUCGUUCUCUUCUCAAAUUUGUCUUUUCUAUCUACACUUAUCCACUUAAUUUUUCUACCUUUUUUCUUCAUUAUCCAGCAGCUUACUUGUUUCAUUUUGAAUGCAAUAGGUGCAGUAAUAAUGCAGCUAAAAAACAUUAAUGACACUAGCGAUAGCUAGUGACUAAUUUUGCCGUCCCUAUGAAUGCAGAAAGAGAGUUGCUUUUGUCGUUGAUCAAAGAGUGGCGCAGUAUGCAAUAAUCAGCUGUUAUGGUUGUUACAGUCCUCGCGGAAUAAAAAGGGCCAGAUUCUUACAAAUCAUCUUGAUUCGAUGAAUCAAAGAUGACAACCGACCCGAUUCUUUAACACUUGAUAGUUUAUUCGAAAAAUGCUACGCAUCUUUCAGUGUAACCUCCGCCACCGUAUUUUUCGAAUUUUUCCACUUAGAAAUAAAUUGAAGUCUGAAUUAUUUAUGUAAAAGGUUUUUAAACAUAAGGUAAAUUUAAUGAUCCCAUGGGUGCGUGAUCAAAUAGCAGAGGCCUGGCAUAACAGAAAAAGUUCAAGGACAGCCGACAGGCGGUCCUUGGCCCUUUCUUCUGUCAGCACAGGCAAUCCUGCAAGCAACAACACCAUGCUUAUGCCCUUACCUACCUCACUUGAAAGCUUUUCUGUCAAUGUUAUCAGCCUAGAAGGUAAUGUAAUGGAUGUUACGGUGAAGCCAGACUCCACAGUGGAAAAUAUAAAAAAAACAGCACUAAUGCAUUUCUAUGGUCAAGACACAACUAAAUCCAUCUCACGAUAUCGCUUAGUUCAUUCAUCCAAAUUUAAACAGCUUGUAGAUGAAAAUUAUGUAGACGAUGAAGAUGUUAAUGAAUAUGAUGAAUUAUUAUUAGUAGAAAUCCGAUCAACCAUUGUACAAGAGAACCUUACAGAUGAAGCUCUUAAAGGUCCAAAUUUAGAAGCAAUAGCUAGAGCUACAAGUAACCUACCUAGUCGAAAUACACCUAAAAUUGUGCCAUCUACAGAAUGUCCUGCAGAUUUUCAGAAUGAGAUUCGUAAGAUCUUAAUAACACUUGUGCAAGCCUCUGCAAAGAUUUUAAUGCACAGUCCAGAUGCUGGAAAAUUAUAUGAGAUUAUCAAAGAGAAAUUAGAAGCCAGGUGUAAGCCUACUAAUGAUCCAAAAGUCGUAAAAACUCUUAUAGAAAUGGGUUAUUCUCACAAGAAGGUUCUCAAAGCACUGCGUCUUCGAAGAUCAAAUAUGACAGAAGCUUUAGAAUGGCUUAUAGAGCAUCAGGAUGAUUCCGAUGAAGAAGAGGAUGAUGAAGCAGAUAUUUUAUCUAUGGAUACAACAGUAGAUGCAAAUGUCGCAGGUCCUAGUUCUUCAAUAAAUACUAAGAAAAAAUCAUUAAAAGAUGCAUGCGUUGAACUUUUUGAAACAGGAAAUCAAAAGGAAAAAAAUCUAGUCCAAAUUGUAGAAUUGUUGUUAGAAAGUUUUCGACAGUACAAGAAAAUGGAAUUUAAACCAAAUAAGAGAGCAAUGCGAUCGCUUAUAGAAAUGGGUUUUGAGGAGAAGAAUGUUAUAGGAGCAUUGAAAGUUACUGGAAAUGAUCAGGCUAAUGCUUGCGAAUGGCUACUGGGCGAAAGGAGACGCAGUUUACAAGAUUUGGAUGAGGGCCUCGAUCCUGAAGGCUUGAUUUAUAAAGCAAUUAUGAGUAAUCCUCACAUUCAGCUUAGUCUUACAAAUCCUAAAAUGUUACUUGCAUAUUUGUCUAUGAUAGAGACACCUGCGUCGACAAACGUGUGGAUUAACGAUCCUGAAGUUUCACCUGUACUUAGUCAAAUAUCUAAAACAUAUCAUGCUGAAAAACAUGCCAUCCACAUGAAUCGUUAUACCUAGCGCUACUAUGAAACCUAUUCGAAUUUCUGUGGAACAUCGAUAUUUUUGUAUAAAUUUACAAAUAACUUUCGCAGAGAUUUGGAAUAUCAAUCACCAAUUCGUGAUUAUCUGUAACUAAUUGCUUGCUCGCAUAUAAUUAUAAUUAUAUAUAACAAAAUUAUGCAUAAUUAUAAUUAUUGCUGAAGAAUAUUACACAUAUGAAAGUUUUCGUAAGAUAUACAAUAUGCUGUAAUAUGCUAUCGAUUGCACACAUAAUGAUCCUUAUGUAAAGUGCUGCAAAAUUGCUUUCGACGUUGUCAACAAGAUACCCGUUGACAGUUAAUAGGCAGAAUGUGCUUUAAUAUAACAAAGUAGCUGCUAUUUUUUCGUGUGUAAUAUAAAUUCUUAUAGUGAAAUCAAAUCUAUAUUAAAUAUGCAUAUUCCUCAUCUCUAAUUCAAAAUGCUAGACACAUACUACUAAGCGUAUAACAUGCUGAAAUAUAUAAAGUUGCAAAAAUUAUUGCAGCUUUAAAUUACUGCUGUGAUUGCCUUUAUUAAAAUAAAUAUAUUGACUAAAUUGAAA